AUGCCGAGCCGCGGCGCUGCCCUCUGGGACCCCUGCUGCUUUGGUGUUGAAUCUCUGGCCGGCCUGGACUCGCAGGGCCCACAUCAUUGCAAGACUAGUGUACAUCAAGACAGGUGUGGGAGUUACCACAAAUCAGAAGCAGCAGCAGUGCCACUCGCCAGAAUUGCAGCGCAGGAGAUGAGAGUCCCCUUAAAGAGUAGCUUUCUCCAUAAUGGGGAAGGCAUGGGGACCCUGAAGACCUGUUGGACGGGCCACAGUGGGUUUGAAAAUUCAUUUUUCAGCAUGGACCCCGUAACGAUGGCCUACAACCUGAACUCAUCGGCUCAGCGUCGCUGUGCAUCCAUCGGGCCCGUUUCUAAUCCUGAGCUGGUAAAUGGCCAUAGCCAUGCGGAGAACAGCAGCAAGGCCUUGCCUCAGAAGUCGAGCCCGCUUCCAUUCGGCCCCAGAAGCGAGAGGCCUACUUCAAACCCCAAAGAUGACCCUAUUCCCAACUUCAGCAGACUCUCUAUCAACACGAGUGGCCACUGCAGCGAGACGCCUCCCCACACGCCAGUGACGAGCGGGACCCAUUCCUUCCCUCCCAUGCCUUCUAGUGAGCGUGGCGCCAGGCCGCUGCCUCCCUUGCCUGUUGCUAAAGACUUCCUGCACGACGAGGUGGACAGGGAAGUGGAGUUCCUGACCAGCUCGGACACAGACUGUCUGCUGGAAGAUUGUGGCAGCCCUGCUUUUAAAACCGCUGGUCAGGGGAGGAGAAGCUUCAGGGGCUGUGGGCAGAUCAACUAUGCCUACUUCGACACCCCACCAGGACCUAAAUCGCAAGAGGCCCACUCAGCAGCUGUCCAAAACGGAUGCGCCGCUAGUGCCUGCCCCCCUCCUCCACCGCCACAUCAGCUGCACCGGCGGCUGCGGCGCUCACAUUCCGGGCCCGCUGGGUCUUUCAACAAGCCAGUAGUGAGGAUAUCGAGCCUUUUCCAUCGAGCGUCUCCCACUUCUGACGACGAUAAACCGGAGGUCCCCCCCAGGGUUCCCAUUCCUCCCCGGGCACUCAAGCCAGACUAUCGGAGGUGGUCGGCCGAAGUAGCUUCCAGCGCUUACAGCGACGAGGAUAAGCCUCCCAAAGUCCCCCCAAGAGAGCCUCUGUCCCGGAGCAAUUCUCGAACACCGAGCCCCAAAAGCUUGCCGCUCUACGUCAACGGCGUCAUGCCGCCCACGCAAAGCUUUGCCCCCGAUCCGAAGUAUGUCAGCAGCAAAGCCCUGCUAAGGCAGCACAGCGAAGGCUCAGCCAACAAAGCCCCGUGCAUCCUUCCCAUCAUUGAGAACGGGAAGAAGGUCAGUUCGACGCAUUACUACCUGCUCCCGGAAAGGCCCCCGUAUCUGGACAAAUACGAAAAAUUCUUCCGGGAAGCGGAAGAGGCCAGCUUAAGCGCGGAAGGGCAGCCUUGGAACGGCGACCCCAGCCCGGCCAAGCUGGACUUGAAAGUCAAGGCAGAUGUGGCCGGCCACGUGAAACGCAAACAUCUGUCUUGCGUGGUUUCUCCAUAAAAGCACUGGAGGGUGGGGCAGGAAGGUUUAAUAAACUGUGAUUGCGAGCAGUUCUCCAAGGGCAAAGUCUGAUAGAGCCACUUUGGACUGUCGGGAGAAGAAGAAGAAGGACAACGGCAGGGCUCCCACUGGGUGCUGCAUCGCUCUGGACCAAGCGGGCCUUUCUUGUUUGAGCGAAAGGACUUGGAGAAACACUUGAGUGUGCAUAGGGUUGGCCAGUUAUUCAAUAUUCUAGAGUAAUAUAUAUGUUUUUAGGAACUCACAUUAGUAGAAAAAACAUGGAACGCAGUCUUGCUAAUGAGACUAGUGACUUAAGCCAAAAGCAAAGGGUGGUUCAGUAUUUUUAUUGGAGGACUUUCAGCGUGAUGGCCACGGCAUUUUAAUUAUUUUUUUUCCCCCUGAACAUGUUUCUUGCUCUCCUCUGCCUGGCACAAGCUGAUUUCUCCCCAGCCAGGAAAUGCCCUUGUUACCCAAGGGGGUGAGGAAGGAGACUGGUGACUCUGGUACCGGUUUCUUGACUUUGCCAAACCCAUAAUGAGUUUGGAUAACGCUAUAUUAAGGGUUCUAGAUUUUGACCAUGGGAGGAAUUUAGAUCUUGUUGACUGGGCUUUGUGGCAGGGCUCAACUCCCCCCCCCCAUUACUCAAAAGCACUUGGUAGGAUUCAGUCAGUUGUCUGUUGACUUGGACCAAGAAAUGCCAGCUGCAACCCGCAACCGCAUUCUUCACCAGUCCCACGGAAUGAUUGGUUGUCGGUCUGUCAGCGGGAGAAGCUGUUGCUGCGUGAACCGAGAUGGAAAAGGACAGGUUAAGUAGGGGAGGAGAGGGUCUUUUUAAAAAAAAAGAAAAUGGACCAACUUCUGUCCUUCAGGCAGGAAGUAUGAGUGAUAGCUAGAAAUGGGCCACAAGCUGGUCUUGGGCUCUGGUUCCUGUUUUAUAACCCAUGAGAAGGUGACUGACUUUUGUUAAGUCAAACUGUUAAUUCCACCGCCGCCC